UCACAAAGAUGCUCUCGGGAGAAGAAGAGCUCGGUGGCUUGUGGCAGAAAAUAAGUAAAGGCACCGGACAAGUCAGCUUCGCCGAUUUGCAAGCUGCACACCAUUCGCUCUAGGUGUAGGCCAAAUGUAGAUCUCUCUUCAAGGUGGCUGGUGCUCGGGAAAAACUCAUCCAACGAUGACUACUUCUGGCAAGGGUGUUCGCAAUCAAAUCUUUGCCACCGGUGUUAUGAACCUCAUCAAUCUGUCGCAUGGAGCUGCGUUAGGAUGGGUAUCGCCCUACCUGCCCGUACUGAUGUCACCCGACCAAACAUUGCUCGAGAAUGGACCCGCCACCGUAGAGGAAGGUUCUUGGAUAGGAUCUAUCUUAUGUCUCGGUGCACUCUUCGGAGCCUUCCUGUACGGGUACUUGGUGGAAAAGAUUGGCAUCAAGCGGACACUACAGGCGCUCGUAAUACCUCACUCGGCGUUUUGGGUCAUCACGUACUUAGCUACGUCCGUCCAUCAGCUAUAUCUUGCCCGAUUUCUUGCCGGUCUCUCUGGGGGAGGCAUCAUCGUCGUUUUCCCGCUAUUCAUUGCGGACAUAUCGGAUAAAAAAAUCCGUGGCAUUCUUGGCUCCUUCCUAGCGCUAACGAGCAACGGAGGAAUACUGCUAAUGUACGUCAUCGGGGAUGUGCUGUCGUAUCACACUGUGGCCCUUACCAUGCUGGUUCUUCCUCUGCUCUUUACCGUGCUGAUGUGCUUCGUACCAGACACCCCUCAAACGUGUCUAAAGAUGGGUAAAGCUAAGGAAGCUGAACGAUCGUUCAUGUUCUAUCGGGGCAUUCAAACGUCAGCAGAAAAAACGAAUGCCUUCCGACAGGAGUUUGAAAAUUUGCAGAAGUUUAUCGAGCACAACACCGGACAGAACUCUCGCCUCACUUUGGAUGACUUUAAAUCUCGCGAAGCUAAGCUGGGCAUUUUUAUCGGCAUAUUCCUCAUGUUCGUCAACCAGUUCUGUGGCAUCUUUGCGAUCCUUACGUACGCUGCGUCCAUCUUUGCCGGUGUUGGUUCGUCCCUAAGUCCGAACACAUCCGCCAUUAUAAUGGGAACGAUCCAGAUCGUUGGAACAUUGUCUUCGUUCGUGUUUGUCGAUCUGGCCGGUCGCAAGGUGCUGCUCAUCAUUUCCACCUUCGGUACGGGAUUAGGCAUCUUCCUGCUGGCGGUGUUUAACUGGCUUACGGUAAAUGGUGCCGCUACCAGCUGGCUGCAGGAUUACAGCUGGUUCCCGAUCGUGAGCCUAUCUGCCACGGUGUACCUCUUCUCGAUAGGGCUGUGCAGCAUUCCUUUCUUCGUACUGCCGGAGCUGCUUCCACCGAAGAUAUGCAAUGCAGGCAACACGUUAAGCAUGGUCUCAAUCACGAUAUUUGCCUUUAUCAGUCUAAAGAUAUUCCCCAUUAUGGUAGAAGCGAUCAAUCUUUACGGUGUGCUGGGACUGUACGCAGGAAUAUCUUUCACUGGUGUGGCAGUUAUCGCACUGAUUGUGCCAGAGACCAAAGGGAAAAAUCUUAUUGCUCCCCAAAAUGUGUACUGCCAUGGGAAAAGCAUUACCUACUGUGAUCUGUGCGGUUGCAGAUGUGUGUCGCCAGUUUCGCGCCCAGCAAUGCAGUCUCCUCUGCCGUUGCUGUCAGUAGCAAAUCAGUUUCUGGGAACGUUCGUAGCGAACCUCAUCUCACUCGCUCAUGGCUUUACACUUGGUUGGGUGUCACCUUCGCUGGAGUAUUUGCGAUCGAACGAUACGCAUCUCGUUGGAGGACCGAUGACGGUCGAAGAGACGUCCUGGCUGGGGUCAUCGCUCUGCAUCGGUGGAAUGAUCGGUGUCACUCUGUUCGGAUCGCUCGCUGACCGGAUAGGCAAACGGAGAGCCUUACAGUGUAUCGCACUUCCAAAUGUGGCAUUUUGGCUGUGCGUUAUCUUCGGAAACAGCGUCCUCCACCUUUGCAUAGGUCGGGUGCUGGCCGGUGCAGCCGGCGGAGGCAUCUUCCGUAUCACACCACUCUUUGUAGCCGACAUUGCGGAUCCUCGCAUUCGUGGCAUGCUUGGAUCGCUGCUACCCGUCUGCUUUAACGUGGGCACCGUGCUUGCGUUCAUCCUCGGCACGCUGGUGCCGUUCAAGACGUUUCCACUAGUAGUGCUAGUACUGCCGGGACUCUUCUCAAUUGCCAUCCUCUUUCUGCCAGAAACACCGGCCUGCCUGCUGCGAGCCUAUCGCAACGAGAAGGCGGAACGUUCGCUCAUGUUUUAUCGCGGUGUACGAGGACACUUUGAAAAGCCCGACUCUUUCCGGAGCGAGUUCCAACAGCUGAAGGAUGUGAUAGAGCGGGAAAAGACGGCGCCCGAUGCUGCUCUAUCGUGGAAAGACUUCUCCACGAAACCAGCACGCCGGGGUCUAGCGAUGGGCAUGUUGCUUAUGAUCCUAAACCAAAUCACUGGCUCACUGGCCCUUAUCACGUACGCCAGCACCGUCUUCGAGUUGGCCAGCCCACCACCAUCAUCGUCAACCACCGCUGCACAGCAUUCCAUCCUACCUGCUUCAUUGUACUCCAUCGCCCUGGCUACGGUACAACUGCUUGGGACGAUUGUCUCGCUGGCGCUAGUCGACCGGAUAGGGCGCAAGUUCCUGUUGAUCGUAUCCUGCCUUGGUGUUGCGGCCGGUUAUCUCACACUCGCCUGCUACGUGCACUUUUUCCUACCAUCCAUCGCAUCCACCGGCGUGAGCCAGCUGCUGCCCAUCUGCAGCCUAUCGUUUAGCAUCCUGAUGGCCUCGUUAGGAUUGCUUACCGUGCCGUUCAUCGUCAUGGCCGAGGUGUUGCCGUCGAAGAUAAGAAACAUUGGCAGCACAAUCUGCAUGACGAUGGUCGCGGCGUCCGCGUUCGUGGUGCUCAAGCUCUUCCCCGUGUUUCUCGAUACAGUUGGACUACCAGGAACGAUGGGUGGACUGGCGAUCAUUUGCCUGGUAGGAGCAAUCAUAAUAACAAUCUUUUUACCUGAAACACGCGGAAAGUCACUGAUAGCUACUACGGAAGUGGAGCAAGGUUCGGAAAAUGGGAGACCUGGCAGUGUGAGCCAAGGGAAAUAAGCAUCACUUCGGAUCACUUCGAAACGAAUAAUAUUGUCUCAAAUACGAGAAGAAAACGAAACUUAUGUAUAAAAUACUUAAAAAACUUAAAAUACGCGAAA